ACAAAUUAACCAACAUGAGUAGUCUCCCUUGGAUUGUUUACAAUGGCGACCGAUGGCCAAGAAGUCGAUUCUGAAAUAAGAAAUCAAGACGGUGCAUUGGAAGCCUCUUAUAUCUAUGUGAAAGUUCUUGGACGUGGUGCUUUUGGAGAAGCAAAUUUGUACAGAAAAACAGAAGAUAAAAGUUUAGUGGUAUGGAAGGAAGUUAAUCUUGCCAGGCUGCAUGAAAAAGAGAGAAGAGAUGCACUUAGUGAAGUGGAUAUAUUAUCAUUACUUAAUCAUGCCAACAUCAUUACAUACUAUAACCAUUUCCUGGAUGGUGAAACUUUACUCAUAGAAAUGGAAUAUGCCAAUGGAGGAUCAUUGUACCACAAGAUAGCUGAGCAAACAGAAUUGUUCUCUGAAGAGGUUAUACGAUGGUACUUGUUCCAGUUAGCAUCAGCUUUAUCACAUAUACACGGCCAUGACAUUAUACACAGAGAUGUGAAGACGUUGAAUAUAUUUAUGAGUAAAUCUAGCUUGUUGAAGCUUGGAGAUUUUGGAAUAUCAAAAGUUUUAGAAACAGAAUCCAAGAUGGCUGACAGCGUUGUUGGGACACCAUAUUAUAUGUCACCAGAGAUUAUACAAGGUGAAAAAUAUGACCAUAAAACAGAUAUAUGGGCCCUUGGUUGUGUAUUAUAUGAACUUCUAACAUUUAAGAGAGUCUUCCAAGCCACUAAUCAACUACGUCUAGCUUACGAGAUAGUGAAAGGUGAUUACGAGGACAUUAACCCACAGUAUUCUCAGGAAAUCAAAGAUCUAGUCAAAUCUACUCUACAGAAAAAAUCAAAAGACAGGCCAUCGUCAGAAGAAAUAUUAUCUAGUCCAAUAUUUACGAAAGAAAACAGUAAUGAAGAUAUGAAGAGGAAAGUCUGGGAAUUAAACACACAAUCUAGACGACUAAGAUUACAGUCAGUAGCUUCAACAGAGACUGUACCAAUCAUCAAAUCAAAAUCUAGUGAGGUGUACCAGUGGGGAGGUGGAAAGUUUACACCACAAAAACAAGAUAUAUUUACUAAAGGCAAAAGUGCCGUGCAGGUAGCUGUUGGAAAUUCCCACUUUGCUGUUGUUACCAUGGAGAAAGAACUGUAUACAUGGGCCAAUGUACAGGGUGGAACAGAGAUUGUAGGACAGUUAGGUCAGGGUAACAAAUCUGCAUACAAAGCCCCACAGAAAGUUGAGGGACCAACUGGAGCAGGCUUUAUUCAGGCAGCAUGUGGAGAGGACUUUACACUCGCUGUUACAGAUGAAGGCCAGGUAUAUGCUAGUGGUUCAGAUUAUUAUGGCUGCCUUGGUGUUGACAAUGAAGAAGGUGAUUCUGUACUUUCUCUCAUACCAAUAAACUUCUUCAGCAGCAGACCUGUGGAAGAAAUAUCCUGUGGGGACAACCACUGUGUGGCACUUACUAAGGAAGGAGAUGUUUAUACAUGGGGAUGUGGAGAGUUUGGUCGACUUGGUUUAAACAGUGAAGAUGACCACUUUUCUCCUCAAAAGGUGAAAACUCCAGGAAAGCAUUUGAUCAAGCAUGUUCUAGGGGGCAGUGAAGGGACAUUCUUAAUUACAACAACUGGUCGUGUUCUGGCCUGUGGUAGCAAUGAACAUAAUAUUCUAGGAUUUAAUUCAGAAAUGUCUGGACUACGGAAGAGAAAACAGAGUUAUGAUAUCCCAUGUAAAUACACGUUCAGCACAGUUAAACCAUUAGUACGCUAUAAUAUAGUCUCCAUAGCAACCAGUAAUACACAUUCAGCAGCUAUAGAUAUGUUUGGACAUCUGUUGACCUUUGGUUCUAAUAAACAUGGACAACUCGGCGUAGGAGAUUAUAGGAAAAGAUUACAUUUGGUGAAGAUUGGUGGUGAAUUGACCGGAAAACAAGUAUUAAAUGUGGCAUGUGGUGAUGGCUAUACUGUGGCAGCUACUAGUGACAAUGAAGUUUAUUCCUGGGGUAAUGGCGAGAAUGGCAGACUGGGUGCUAAGUAUGAUGGGAAAGGUCCUAACAGUAUGUGUACAGCCUACCCCAGACCUGUGUUUGGAUCUCUACAUGAUGUUCCUAACCUGGCAGCCAGACACUGGCAUACAAUCAUAAUAGCAGCCUACCCCAGACCUGUGUUUGGAUCUCUACAUGAUGUCCCUAACCUGGCAGCCAGACACUGGCAUACCAUCAUUAUAGCAGGUAAGUGUAGAUAG